AUGCUCAACAUCUUCCGUAUUGCUGGGGAUUUGUCCCACCUUGCCAGUAUUGGCAUCCUCCUCCACAAGAUGGUGCAGCUGAAUAGCUGUUCCGGUAUAUCCUUCAAAUCGCAAGCUCUCUACCUCCUGGUCUACAUCACCAGAUAUCUUGAUCUUUUCUCAACCUCAAGUCUCUGGAACGUAGUUUUCAAGAUCCUCUUCAUUACCUCUCAGGGCUACAUCGUGUACCUGAUGACAACUGCCUACAAGCCCACCAACGACCCUAAUCAGGACACCUUCCGUGUCCAGUAUCUCCUCGGCGGAGCUGCCAUCCUGGCCAUUCUCUUCCCAUACUAUUAUACUUUCUGGGAAAUCCUCUGGGCCUUUUCAAUCUGGCUGGAGUCUGUCGCCAUUCUGCCCCAGCUCUUCAUGCUCCAACGCACCGGCGAGGCUGAGACCAUCACCACCCACUACCUCUUCGCCUUGGGCAUCUACCGCGCCCUGUACAUCCCCAAUUGGAUCUACCGCUACUUGACCGAGGUGAACCACAAGGUCGACUGGAUUGCCCUCGUCGCGGGUAUCAUCCAGACGGUCCUUUACAGCGACUUCUUCUGGAUUUACUACACCAAGGUAAUGAAGGGCAAGAAGUUCAAGCUGCCUGUUUAA